AUGGACGCGCCAGGCCGGACCGCUGUGGCGCUGGGCACGGCGCUCAAGGUGCUGCUGUGGCCCGCGUACCACUCGACCGACAUGGAGGUGCACCGCAACUGGCUUGCGAUCACGCACCAGCUCCCCCUGCGCGACUGGUACGUCGAGGCCACGUCGCCCUGGACGCUUGACUACCCGCCGUUCUUUGCGUACCUGUCGUGGGUCCUCUCGGUGCCGGCGGCCUGGGUCGAUGCCAACAUCGUGCGCAUCGAUGCGCUUGACUACGAGGCGUGGCCGUGCGUCGCGUACAUGCGCGCGACGGUGCUUGCCACGGAGGGCGUGCUCGCCGUCGCGCUGGCGCUCCUCCUGCGCACGGCGCCGCACGACAGCGCCCUGCGCGUGUUGCUGGUCGGCGUGCUCCUGCAUCCCGGCCUGCUGGUCGUGGACCACAUCCACUUCCAGUACAAUGGCUUCCUCUUCGGCGUCCUGUUCCUGGCCCUCUGGGCCGCCCGCGCGGGCCGCCCGGUGCUGGCCGCCCUGGCGUUCUCGUCGCUCCUCCAGCUCAAGCACCUGUUUGUGUGCAUGGCGCCGGUGUGGACCGUGUACCUCCUGCGCAGCUACCUGCUGCCUGUGUGGCCCGCCAGCCCCGCGGCGUGGAGCGCCCUGCUCGACCGGACCGUCAAGCUCGGCACCGCCACGCUCGCGCCCUUUGCGCUGAGCAUCGUGCCGUUCGUGCUCAGUGCCGUGGACGGCGACGUCGCGCCGUCUGCCGUCCUGCGCGCCAUGUACGCGCGCCUCUUCCCCUUCGACCGCGGGCUCAUGCAUGCCUACUGGGCCCCCAACGUGUGGGCGCUCUAUGCGGCCGCGGACCGCGUCCUGCUGCGUCUCCAGGGCCGCACGCUCGCGUCGGCGUCCCGCGGCCGCGUCGGCGACACUGUGUUUGGCGUACUGCCGGCCAUUUCGCCGGGCGUGUGCUUCACUCUCGCGCUCGGCGCGGCGCUCGUGUACAUGGUCCCGCUCUGGCGCAAGCCCAGCUUCCGCCACCUCGUCGUGGCUCUGACGCUGUGUGCGCUCACGUCGUUUGCCGUAGGCUGGCACGUCCACGAAAAGGCCGUCCUCCUCGCGGCCCUCCCCUUCAGCCUCGUCGCGGGCCACUCGUAUGCGUACUGGCGCACCUUCCAGCUCCUCUCGGCGACGGCCAUCGUGACGCUCUUUCCCCUUUUGUAUACGCACCUGGAGACGCCCGUCAAGCUGCUGUACGCGUACCUCUGGUACACCGUCCUCGUGCGCCUCCUCGGCCGCCGUAUCUUGCGGCCGAUGCCCUCGAACCUUGGCGAGAUGGUCCACUGGCUCGAGUCGCAGUACCUGCGUGGCCUCGCCGUGCUGGCGCUCGCUACCAAUGUGGUGUGGCCCUUGCUCGCGGCUCUGCAGCCACACUGGUCGCCCCCGUCCAUGGCGUUCCUCCCGCUGCUGCUGACCAGCGUGUACGGUGCACUGGGGGUCGUCUAUGUGUGGGUGCGCCUGUCCGUCCUGUACCUAGCGGACAUGGACUCUACAUAG